AUGACCUCCUCAUCUUCGGCCAGGCCGCCGACCACGCUGUACGACGUGCUGGGCGUCGCCGCGGAGGCGACCACCGAGGAGAUCAAGAAGCGCUACCGAGCGCUGGCCAUCCGCUACCAUCCGGACAAGCUCGUCGGCCUGUCGACAGACAGUGAAGCAGCCAACGCCCACUUCGCCGCCAUCACCGAGGCGUACAAGGUGCUCUCCGACGACCGCCAGCGACGGUGGUACGACGCCCACGCCGUGGAGCGCCUCUCCGCGGCGGAGAUCGAGGAGAGCCACCUCGAUGAGGCCUACUUCACCUCGGCCUGCUUCAGCGGCUUUGAAGAGGACGGCAAGUGGUCUUCGAGAAGCUUCUACACCGUCUACGGCUCGCUCUUUGAGCGCAUCGUCGAGCUGGAGCAGCGCUUCAACGAGGACUUUGACUACCCCGUGUUUGGCGGCUCAGGCGCAGAGCUAGCUGAGGUGAAGCGCUUCUACGACGUCUGGCAGUCCUUCAGCACCGGCUUCACCUUCAGCCACCUCGAGGGCCUGUUCGACACCAAGUCAGCCGCUAACACUAGCCGCCAG